AUGAUCGGUGUACGCUCGGCUGUGCUCGCUUUACGUGCUACGACGAGCAGACGCUCUACUUCACUCAGAAUACCUGGUCGUAAUGUUGGACGCGCUCUCGCGACCCUUGCCCAGGACGCCCGAUCAGACUCGACGUUCAGGAUUCCUCUCAUCGACUUCGGCCGCUUCAGGUCUGCGAAGUCACAGGCGGAAAAGCAGGCGACGGCAGAUGAGGUCGUCAAUGGCUUUAAGGAGGUUGGAUUCAUAUAUUUAAAUAACCAUGGUAUACCCGACACAGUCGUGAAAAACGUGUACGAUAAGUCAGCACAAUUCUUCGCGCUCCCGAAUGAAGUGAAGGACACCUUAGCAUGGAAAGAUCCUCGCGCCAAUCGAGGCUACGUCGCCAUUGGAAGGGAACGUGUCACUCAAUCCGCCGACGCGUACGAGAUCGCCGAGAUGCGGAAGAAAGCACCUGAUACCAAAGAGACGAUGGAAAUCGGCCGCGAUUGGGAUAAGACUUGGAAGAACCACUGGCCCCAGGAAGCAGAUGCCCCAGGCUUCAAGGAGACCAUGCUCCAUUUUUUCCAGACGUGUCACGACCUUCACACCUUGGUGAUGCGUUCCAUUGCCCUAGGCCUGGGCCUGGACGAAACCUUCUUCGAUGACAAGAUUCACGAGCAAUACCACAACCUGCGCCUCCUAAACUACCCGCCUGUGCGCACAUCACUUCUGCGAAAAGAAGGGCAAGCGCGGGCUGGUGCCCACUCAGACUAUGGAACCCUGACCCUGCUCUUCCAAGACUCCGUCGGCGGACUUGAGGUGCAGAACCCGCAUACCCAACAGUUCCAACCAGCCCCUCCCAUCCCUGGCACGAUCGUGGUUAACGCCGGAGAUCUCCUCGCGCGCUGGUCCAACGACAUCCUCCGCUCGACCCUGCAUCGCGUCGUCGCCCCACCCGCGAAACCGAUCUCCGACGUCGAAGACGAGAGCGUCGGUGUCACCCCGAGAAGACAAAGCAUUGCCUUCUUCUGCAACCCGAACCAAGGCGCGAACAUUGAGUGCCUCCCGAACUGCUGGAACGAGAAGACGCCGAAAAAGUACGACCCGGUGACGACCGAGCAGUACAUCGUCGGCCGCUUGAGCGCCACGUAUAUGUAA